UUUUUUGGUUUUACUUUUUUGAAUUAUUAUAUGCUUAAUAGGCUAAGCAGAUGUGCUUUUCUUCUGCUGCUGCUCCACUCCCAUGGCUUUUUAUGGGGCUCGGAAACCCUGGUGACAAGUACAGAGGAACUAGACACAAUGUGGAAUUUGAGAUGAUUGAUGCAUUUGCUGCGUCAGUAGGAAUUCCUAUGGAUACAGUCUACUGCAAAGCUCUCUUUAGAAAGGGUUUUGUUGGUAAUAUCCCUAUUUUCUUCGCCAAGCCUCAAACAUAUAUGAAUUUGAGUGGUGAUCAGUAAGCAACUAUGAUGUUC